AUGGAUCUUGAGGCGGGAAGAAACGGAACAGCUCGGCACCCCAAGGAAACGGAGGGCGACUUUGAACUGGGCAGCAACAGCAACCAAGACAGGAAAAAAAUGAAGAAAGUGAAUUUGAUUGGACCAUUGACAUUGUUUCGAUACUCUGAUUGGCAGGAUAAAUUAUUUAUGUCCCUGGGCACCAUCAUGGCCAUAGCUCACGGAUCAGGUCUCCCCCUCUUGAUGAUAGUAUUUGGAGAAAUGACAGAUAGCUUUGUUAAAAAUACAGGAAACUUCUCCUUAAAAGUGAAUUUUUCAUUGUCGCUGUUAAAUCCAGGCAGAAUUCUGGAAAAAGAAAUGACCAGAUAUGCAUAUUACUACUCAGGCUUAGGUGCUGGAGUUCUUGUUGCUGCCUACAUACAAGUUUCUUUUUGGACUUUAGCAGCUGGCCGACAGAUUAAGAAAAUUAGGCAAAAGUUUUUUCAUGCUAUUCUUCGGCAGGAAAUAGGCUGGUUUGACAUCAACGACACCACUGAACUCAAUACUCGGCUAACAGAUGACAUCUCCAAAAUCAGUGAAGGAAUUGGUGACAAGGUUGGAAUGUUCUUUCAAGCAGUAGCCACGUUUUUUGCAGGAUUCAUAGUGGGGUUCAUCAGAGGAUGGAAGCUCACCCUUGUGAUAAUGGCCAUCAGCCCUAUCCUGGGACUCUCUGCAGCUGUUUGGGCAAAGAUACUCUCAGCAUUUAGUGACAAAGAACUGGCUGCAUAUGCAAAAGCAGGUGCUGUGGCCGAAGAGGCACUGGGGGCUAUCAGGACGGUGAUAGCUUUUGGAGGCCAGAACAAAGAGCUGGAGAGGUACCAGAAACAUUUAGAAGAUGCCAAAAAGAUUGGAAUUAAAAAAGCUAUUUCAGCAAACAUUUCAAUGGGCAUUGCCUUCCUGUUAAUAUACGCAUCAUAUGCACUGGCCUUCUGGUAUGGAUCCACUCUAGUCAUAUCAAAAGAAUAUACUAUUGGAAAUACAAUGACAGUCUUUUUUUCAAUCCUAAUUGGAGCUUUUAGCGUUGGACAGGCUGCCCCAUGUAUUGAUGCUUUUGCUAAUGCAAGAGGAGCAGCAUAUGCUAUCUUUAAUAUUAUUGAUAAUAAUCCUAAAAUUGACAGUUUUUCAGAGAGAGGACACAAACCAGACAGCAUCAAAGGGAAUUUGGAGUUCAAUGAUGUUCAUUUUUCUUAUCCAUCUCGAGCUAAUGUCAAGAUCUUGCAGGGCCUCAACCUGAAGAUUCAGAGUGGGCAGACAGUAGCCCUGGUUGGGAGCAGUGGCUGUGGGAAAAGUACGACAGUGCAGCUAAUACAGAGGCUCUAUGACCCUGAUGAGGGUACGAUUAAUAUUGAUGGGCAGGAUAUUAGGACCUUUAAUGUAAGGUAUCUGAGGGAAAUAAUUGGAGUGGUGAGUCAAGAGCCAGUACUAUUUUCUACCACAAUUGCUGAAAAUAUUCGUUAUGGCCGUGGAAAUGUAACCAUGAAUGAGAUAAAGAAAGCUGUUAUAGAAGCCAAUGCCUAUGAAUUUAUCAUGAAAUUACCACAGAAAUUUGACACUCUGGUUGGAGAGAGAGGGGCCCAGCUGAGUGGUGGACAGAAACAGAGAAUUGCCAUCGCAAGAGCCCUGGUUCGCAACCCCAAGAUCCUCCUGCUGGACGAGGCCACGUCAGCCUUGGACACUGAGAGUGAAGCUGAGGUACAAGCAGCUCUAGAUAAGGCCAGAGAAGGCCGGACCACUAUCGUGAUAGCACACCGGCUAUCUACAAUCCGAAAUGCAGAUAUCAUUGUCGGGUUUGAGGAUGGAGUUGUAGUGGAGCAAGGAAGCCACAGUGAACUGAUGAAGAAGGAAGGGGUGUACUUCAAACUUGUCAGCAUGCAGACAUCAGGAAACCAGAUCCAGUCAGAAAAAUCUGAUGUUGAUCUAAAUGAUGAAAUGGCUGCCACUGGUAUGGCCCCCAAUGGCUGGAAACCUCGCAUAUUUAGGAAUUCAACUCGUAAAAGCCUUAGAAAUUCACGAAUGCACCAGAAUGGCCUUGAUGUGGAAAGCAAUGAACUUGAUGCAAAUGUGCCAUCAGUAUCUUUUUUGAAGGUUCUGAAACUGAAUAAAACAGAAUGGCCCUACUUUGUGGUAGGAACAGUAUGUGCCAUUGCUAACGGGGCACUUCAGCCAGCAUUUGCAGUCAUAUUCUCAGAGAUAUUAGCGAUUUUUGGACCAGGGGACGAUGAAGUGAAGCAGCAGAAGUGCAACAUGUUCUCAUUACUUUUUUUAGGUCUGGGAAUUAUUUCUUUUUUCACUUUCUUCCUUCAGGGCUUCACGUUUGGGAAAGCUGGAGAGAUCCUCACCACCAGGCUUCGGUCGAUGGCUUUUAAAGCAAUGCUGAGACAGGACAUGAGCUGGUUUGAUGAUCAUAAAAACAGUACUGGUGCACUUUCUACAAGACUUGCAACGGAUGCAUCCCAAGUCCAAGGAGCCACAGGAACCAGGUUGGCUUUAAUUGCACAAAAUACAGCUAACCUUGGAACUGGUAUUAUCAUAUCAUUCAUCUAUGGCUGGCAGUUAACCCUUUUGUUGUUAUCAGUUGUCCCGAUUAUUGCUGUAUCAGGAAUUGUUGAAAUGAAAAUGUUGGCUGGAAAUGCCAAAAGAGAUAAAAAAGAACUGGAAACUGCUGGAAAGAUUGCAACAGAGGCAAUAGAAAAUAUAAGGACAGUUGUAUCCUUGACCCAGGAAAGAAAAUUUGAAUCGAUGUAUGUCGAUAAAUUGUACGGGCCUUACAGGAAUUCUGUGCGGAAGGCACACAUCUAUGGAAUUACUUUUAGUAUUUCACAAGCAUUUAUGUAUUUUUCCUAUGCUGGUUGUUUUCGAUUCGGGGCCUAUCUCGUAGUGAAUGGACAUAUGCGCUUCCGAGAUGUUAUUAUGGUGUUUUCAGCUAUGGUGUUUGGUGCAGUGGCUCUAGGACACGCUAGUUCGUUUGCUCCAGACUAUGCCAAAGCCAAGCUGUCUGCAGCCCACUUAUUCAUGCUGUUUGAAAGACAACCUUUGAUUGAUAGCUACAGUGAAGAGGGGCUGAGGCCUGUUAAGUUUGAAGGAAAUGUGACAUUUAAUGAAGUCAUGUUCAACUAUCCCACUCGGCCAAAAGUGCCAGUGCUUCAGGGGCUGAGCCUCGAGGUGAAGAAGGGGCAGACACUGGCCCUCGUGGGCAGCAGUGGCUGCGGGAAAAGCACAGUGGUCCAGCUCCUCGAGCGGUUCUACGACCCCAUGGGCGGAACAGUGCUCCUAGAUGGUCAAGAAGCAAAAAAACUCAAUGUCCAGUGGCUCAGAGCCCAACUUGGAAUUGUGUCCCAGGAGCCCAUACUGUUUGACUGCAGCAUUGCUGAGAAUAUUGCCUAUGGAGACAACAGCCGGGUCGUAUCACAGGAUGAGAUUGUGAAAGCAGCCAAAGAAGCCAACAUACAUCCUUUCAUCGAGAUGUUACCCCAUAAAUAUGAAACACGAGUAGGAGAUAAGGGGACUCAGCUCUCAGGAGGUCAAAAACAGAGGAUUGCCAUUGCCCGAGCCCUCAUCAGACAUCCCCAAAUCCUGUUGUUGGACGAGGCUACAUCAGCUCUGGAUACUGAAAGUGAAAAGGUUGUCCAAGAAGCCCUGGACAAAGCCAGGGAAGGCCGCACCUGCAUCGUGAUCGCUCACCGCCUCUCCACCAUCCAGAAUGCAGACUUAAUAGUCGUGUUUCAGAACGGCAGAGUCAAGGAGCGUGGCACGCACCAGCAGCUGCUGGCUCAGAAGGGCAUCUAUUUUUCAAUGGUGAAUGUUCAGGCUGGGACACAGAACUUAUGAUGAACUCUUGUUAGAGUGUAUCUUAGAAAUAAAUUUAAAUCAUUUUACAACUUUC